CCAGAUUUCCUGACAGAGGAGGAAUGCAAGCUGAUCGUCCAUCUGGCACAGCUGAAGGGGCUGCAGAAGAGCCAGAUCCUACCAACGGAUGACUACGAGGAAGCCAUGGAAAUGAUAGAAAUCAGCCAGAUGGACAUUUUCAAUCUGCUGGACCACAACCAGGAUGGGCAGCUGCAGCUCAAAGAGGUGCUGACCCACACUCGCCUCGGGAAUGGCAGGUGGAUGACCCCCGAAAGCAUCCGGGAGAUGUACACUGCGGUGAAGGCCGAUCCUGAUGGGAACGGUGUGCUGAGCUUGGAGGAGUUCAAGCAGCUGAACAUCCGUGAUUUCCACAAAUACAUGGGGAGCCAGAAGGUGAAGAUGAGUGACCUGGUGCGGAACAGCCAGCACACGUGGCUGUACCAGGGCGAGGGCGCCCACCAGGUCAUGAGAGCCAUUCGGCAAAGGGUAAUGCGCCUGACUCGCUUGCCCCCGGAGAUCGUGGAGCACAGUGAGCCCCUGCAGGUUGUGCGGUAUGACCAAGGCGGGCACUACCAUGCCCACAUGGACAGCGGCCCCGUGUUCCCCGAGACUGCCUGCAGCCACACCAAGCUGGUCGCCAAUGAAAGUGCCCCCUUUGAGACCUCGUGCCGCUACGUGACAGUGCUGUUCUACCUGAACAAUGUGACUGGGGGAGGCGAGACAGUCUUUCCUAUAGCUGAUAACAGGACAUAUGAAGAAAUGUCUCUGAUCCAGAACGACAUUGACCUGCGAGAUACUCGGAAAAAUUGCGAUAAGGGCAAUUUGCGAGUGAAACCUCAGCAAGGCACUGCUGUCUUCUGGUACAACUACCUGUCGGACGGAGAAGGCUGGGUGGGGGAGCUGGACGACUUUGCCCUGCACGGAGGCUGCCUCGUCACCCAAGGGACUAAGUGGAUCGCCAACAACUGGAUCAACGUGGACCCCAACCGGUGGCGGCAGCUGCGCUUUGAGCAGGAGAUGGCGCGUUACGCAGGGGCCGAGCCCGGCCCCCCGGGCGACUGGACGGUGGAUAAGGCCUACAGCGGGGUGCACGUGGAGCUGUAGGGCCGGGGGCGGCGGGCCGAGCCCGUCCCCGCCCGCUCGGGCCGGUGGCGCGGGACGCGCACGUGGCUUUUUCCCGCGCUGGGCGGGGGGGCGGGGCCGCGGGCGCGCCAAUAAAGCGUGGAGACACG